AUGUAUCCGAUUAUUGCUCACAAUGUUGCUGAUAACAGGCUCUAUCAUCAACCUCUACGGUUUCUGUGGACUCAUGCUGUGGAGCCACGUCUUCUUGUGCCAGAUUCGUCCAGUUCACCAUGCUUUUGUACUGCUCCCAUGAUACUGCCACCUAUCGAAGGAUUGGCAUCGGUAGAAUUGAUAGGCCCUGGCGUUGAAGAAGUGCACUUCGAUUUGCUGAAUGAGGACCGAAAGCGUGAUUUAGUGGAGAUUCUCACCACUGGUCAUGGACGUGUACCGGUUACUGUGACAGAAAGCUGUCUAGACGAUAACGAGCUGGCUCAGCAGGAAGACUGGACGUUGAGACAGAUAUUCGACCAUCGCGUAGAACGACCGUGCUGUAAAGUGACGAAGGUGGCGAAGGAGUUAGAAAGAAUGAAAAUAACGAACCAUCCCGGCGGUCCUGGUGAUCUGCGAUGGCGUUCGAUUGACAGCGCUCCCGCGAUCCGUCAGUACCUGAAGACUCUGCAUAUGGUAUGUCGCUUUCAUUCAAAUUCCUGA